AGAAAAUUUGCGGUAAUUUUAAAACUAUUUUCAGUCACUUGGAAACGCACUGAUAUAAUCAUUACGUAUUUUUCUAAAAUGAUAGGUUUUGGUUGUGCAACUAUAAGGCUAAAUAAACACGGCUGUAUUGAUGGUCCUCCACCAGUAAUGAAGUUGGUAGGAGAUCAACUCUUAAAAAGAGAUACUAAAUACUGGAAAAUAAAAGAUACUGUGACAAACUUACACAAUGGAUUACGAAUAGGCACCAGUUCCAACCAGAUUAUAGGAAAGACUGAAGUGAUAAAGAUGGGUGUCCAUUCAGUAAAUACCAUUGGAGUAAUACCUAGGAUUGAUAUAUACAGAAAAAAGAGAAUUCUUGGUAAAGUAAAAUCAUCCAUUUUUGGACAGAGAGAAUUUGCAAAAAUUGGUGUAGUUAGCAUCAAUUCACAGCCACCAUCAGCUAUAACUGUAACACCUUCAAAAUCACAAAUGAAAAUACCCGAAAAUUACUGGACCAUUGCUGCUGAAAAUAUAAAGAAAAUUUCAAGUGCUAUAAAGAAUUAUUUCAAAGAUAUAAAAGAAUAAAAACAAUCUUCUGAUAUUUCUUAAUUUUUUUAUUCUGCAUUAA